CAGUGUAAUUGGAGGUCACUUUCGGCAGGUAAUCGCGGGAAGAAUCUCCAAGCAGCAGAGAGUGAGACAGGGUGGUGAAGGAUUGAAAUGCUUUCAAGAACUUUAAACAAGCGACUACCCUAAACACCGAUUCUUCAAGACUACCCCAUAACUACCGCGUGUAUUUCUGCAAGAGGGGAACGCGCUCACGGUGACCAUAAGGGCCAUGGUGGGGACUGUCCAUGGUGCUGAAAUACAUGUGCCGCUGCCCGCGGUCCUGAAAUCAGUGAAGCCGAGCAACAGUCGCACUGGGAAUGUACUAUUCAUUUCGACAGCUCAUGAAAAAUGCUCUCUCCGAAUAAGCAGCGUCGAAGGUGAUGGAUUAGCCUUGGAGGCAAAAAAGAUGUUUCUUUUCCUCGCUUAGUGGAGGAACCAAAUCGAAAUACAAGCAGAGCAUGUAUCUUGUUCAUUAAGGUGACAUCUAUCGAAGUCGUGUCAUAAGGGAAAGAGUGAUAACACAUUAAUGAGGCUGAUGACAUUUUUGUUAUAUUUCAUUUAAAGUUGACUUUUUUUAACCCACGGUUAAAACUGGGAGAAAGUGGCAGUCCUGCACAGCUCCAACAAAAGUGUGAGACUAAGAAACUAGACUCUGCGCAUCAAUCCAUCUCCACGGAUUGGGGCAGAGGUCACUAUUCUUCGUGAAUGAAUCCGCCUUGUUUAGGAUCCAGCUCUAAAUGCUUCCAGGAAAAUGCUGAGUCCCUGUUGGACAAUAACAGGUUGUCUACUGGAGUUCAUUAAUUGUCCUCAAUGCUACCACACACCAAAGCAAAGGUUCUUUAUGAAGUUAAAGUUUUUUCCAUCAUUAUGGUGGUUACUUCUGGGUUCAUUAGUGUUUCCUCACUGUGCGCACACGUUAGUUUUCAAAGUUGGUGUUGUUGGACCAUGGAACUGUGACCCAAUUUUUUCCAAGGCUCUUCCAGGUAUGGCAGCCAAGCUGGCAGUUGAUCGAAUUAACAAACAUAGUUCCUUACACAACAGGUAUAAGCUCGAACAUGUGGUGCUUCAGGAUGAUUGCCAGACUUCAAAGGCACUCAGUAACUUUGUGGAGUUUGAAGAACAUGCGUCCAUAUUUUUGGGUCCAGUGAACCCAGGCUAUUGUGAGGCAGCUUCACUUUUGGGCAAGAACUGGGAUAAGGGAAUCUUUUCAUGGGCCUGUGUUAACUUUCAACUUGAUAAUGCCAACAGCUACCCUACGUUUGUGAGGACCUUACAAUCACCUGUCAGGGUUUUGUUUAGUGUGAUGAAGCAUUUUCUCUGGGCUCAUAUUGGUAUCGUAUCUUCAAAUGAAAAUAUCUGGGUAGACACUGCCAACAAAGUAUCCAAUGCUCUCAGGUACAAUGGACUUCCAAUUGGAAUUGUCACCUCGAUGGGAUUCACUGAUGAAGAUAUGAUGAAAACCUUAACAAAGAUUAAAAAUGUUCCUGACCUUCGAACUUUCUUGCUCCUGAAGAAGAAUCUGGCUCUUGAUGGAUCUAGUUCAAUGAACGCCCCACUACUCUUUAUUAUUAUCAUGUGCAUGCACUCAGUCCUCAUUGGAGGUGAGGAGCAGGCAGUCUUCCUGCAGAAAGCCCAUGACAUGGGGCUGACCGACGGGAGGUUCGCUUUUGUACCAUAUGACACCUUACUUUACAGUCUUCCUCACAAGAAUACAUCUUACUCCGUGCUGAGGAACAACAGCAAGCUGCAAGAGGCUUAUGAUGCUGUUUUGACAAUAACAAUGGCGUCAGAAGAGAUGAGCUUCCAUGAGGCAUUCUUAAAGGCACAAGAGAACGGUGAAAUAGAGACAUUCCAGCAAACGAAGCAGGUUUCACCUCUCUUUGGAACAAUUUACAAUGGCAUAUACUUUAUCGCCAAAGCCAUGGAGAAUGUUCAGCGAGCCGGGGCCCAUGUUUCAGGAAUGACUCUUGCCAACUCCACCAGGAACCUGAAAUUCGCUGGAUUUAAUCAGCAGGUUGGAACUAAUGGCCAAGGGGAAGGGGUAGUGAACUACGUCAUCUUGGACACUGAUGGAAGAAGUCACCAUCUGGUGCCCACCUACACCAUUAACAUGGCAAUGGAAAUAGUACAAGGCAGCAGUAAUACCAUUCACUUCCCCGGGGGCUCACCUCCAGGCGCCGAUUCCAGCUGUUGGUUUGAUCCAGAUGUCACUUGCACAGGAGGCAUUGAGUUAACAACUGUCAUACUGGCUUUUGGAUUAAUCUGUGCUCUUGUAUUAUGUGGACUUAGCCUCACCUACAUCAUCAGACGCCGAAUCCAGAUGAUCCAGAUGGUGAAAGGGCCAAACAAGAUCAUAAUGACCCUUGAAGAUCUCACCUUCAUCAAUCCACAGCUCAGCAAGAAGAAAAUAAAUCUGGACGAGUUGAGUGAUGGAAGAAGUGUAUCUGAAAGGAAAAGUCUCAUAUCUGGAGCUCACUCAAUUUCGGACAAAAGCCUCAGUACAGUUAACCAUGAGAAUUCUAAUGUAGCACUGUAUGAGGGGGAUUGGGUCUGGCUAAAGAAAUUUGCAUCUGGAAGUCUCUGUGAGGUACAGAAAUCUACAACAAACAUACUGAGAAAGAUGAGAGACUUGCGUAAUGAGAACGUGAACCCUUUUCUGGGCUUCCUCUGUGACAGCGGAGUGUUGGCCAUUGCGAGUGAGCACUGCUCCCGGGGAAGUCUUCACGAUCUCCUCAGAAAUGAUGAUGUGAAGCUUGAUUGGAUGUUCAAGUCCUCCCUCCUAAUGGAUUUAAUCAAGGGAAUGAAAUAUCUACACCACCGGGAAUUUCCCCACGGACGCUUGAAAUCGCAAAACUGCCUGGUGGACGGAAGGUUUGUGCUGAAGAUUGCUGACUACGGUUACUUGGAGUUGUUGGAGACACAGAAAGUUCCACAAGGGAAACAGCCAGCAGAAGAAUUAUUCUGGACAGCUCCUGAGUUCCUGAGAGAUCCCGAGUUAUCCAAGAAGGCAACGCUGAAAGGAGACUCUUACAGUUUUGCCAUCAUUUUACAGGAAGUCGUGGUGCGGGGGUCUCCUUACUGCAUGUUAGGCCUUAGCCCUGAAGAGAUUAUUAGGAAGGUGAAGAAGCCACCCCCUAUGUGUCGACCCACUGUCUCUCCGGACCAAGCCCCAUUGGAGUGCAUUCAAUUGAUGAAACAGUGCUGGAGUGAACUACCUGAGAGGAGACCGACCUUUAACGAGAUCUUUGACCGAUUCAAAACCAUAAACAAGGGGAAAAAGACAAAUAUCAUUGACUCAAUGCUUCGAAUGCUUGAACAGUACUCCAGCAACCUCGAGGAUUUAAUCCGUGAACGUACUGAAGAACUAGAGGUCGAGAAACAGAAAACUGAGAAACUUCUGUCGCAGAUGUUACCUCCAUCUGUUGCUGAAGCUUUGAAAACGGGUGGGAAUGUGGAACCUGAAUAUUUUGACCAGGUGACCAUCUACUUUAGUGACAUUGUUGGCUUCACAACCAUAUCGGCAUUGAGUGAGCCUAUACAGGUCAUUGACCUCUUGAACGACCUCUACACUUUGUUCGAUGCUGUUUUAGGCAAUCACGAUGUUUACAAGGUCGAAACCAUUGGUGAUGCUUACAUGGUGGCAUCAGGUCUCCCGAAGAGAAACGGCAAUAAGCACGCUGCUGAGAUAGCCAAUAUGUCCCUGGACAUCCUCAGCUCAGUGGGUACCUUCAAAAUGAGACACAUGCCUGAUGUCCCCAUCAAGAUAAGGAUAGGGAUGCAUUCAGGGCCAUGUGUGGCAGGAGUGGUGGGACUAACCAUGCCCAGAUACUGCCUCUUUGGAGAUACAAUUAACACAGCUUCACGCAUGGAAUCCACAGGCCUGCCUUAUCGAAUUCACGUCAACCAGAGCACAGUGAGGAUUCUCCGGAGUUUGAACGAAGGUUAUCGAAUACAGGUCCGAGGGAAAACCGAGUUGAAGGGCAAAGGUAUAGAAGAAACCUACUGGCUUGUCGGAAAGGAUGACUUUACUGCCCCUUUACCUGAGCCUCCAGCAAUCAAACCAGGGGAAGACUGGCAAAAGACGGUGACAGAAGAAAUUACGAUGAUGUUCAGGAAAGUAAACAGGAAGGCUGACAAACACAGGGCUUGAACAAGGAGAGCGAGGUGUUAAAGUGAGAGCACUGCCCAGUUGGAAUCACCUUCGCUGUCAAAGCCAAGGGCUUUUUGAAGAAGCUCAGCUCAAUCUCUUGGAAGCUCAUCGCUAUAAUGAGAUCGAAGCAGAUCUCUUUAAUUCUGUUCCACCCAGCACAGCAGCUCUUCUAUUUAAAGGGCAGGGGGAGGAACAGAGGUCAUGUAUCUCUUAAAUUGCUCCAUGCCAUUGGACAGUGGCAGGUUUAAAGAAGCUGCACUGCUACACAGGUUUCAAGUCUGGUUAGCAAAUAUACUCCACAGUAGUUCUGUUUCCAAACAUUAUACCUGUCCAGCUUUUAAGUUCCUUAUCCUGAGACUUUCUAAUUGCUAUGUAUCUGUGGACGGUGUACCCUUGUUUUGUCUGCUGAGGUGAAAAGAAAAAGAAUGGGAAAUGACCGACUGGCCAGUCCCAGUUCGGUCAAAGGUCCACCUAUGUAUCCUUCUACCAUUUAUGGACAGAAUAUGCUGGAGAAACAAUGAAAGUCACUUGUAGAAUGUGAUCUGAGCAA